ACAUACUGACCUGUCAUGGCUGUCCGUGGUUAUGUUUUGUACGUGUUGGCGGGCGUGGGCGUGCUGCACCUCAUCGUAGGCGGCCUCAUGCUCUACCGCCUCCACAACACUACCGUGGGUGUGGUGGAGGAUCAGGUGGUCGAGGAAAAUGUGCAGAGGCCGCCCGAAAGAUGGGUCAAGAAGGAGAUACAACCUACGUGUGCUGGCAGAAGCCAGGAAUCUUCGAGCACUAACAUGGCUGACGCUGCAACCAUCGCAAAGUUGGAGGAAGGCUUCAAGAAGCUGGAGGCCGCCACCGACUGCAAGUCCCUCCUGAAGAAAUACCUUACCAAGGAUAUCUUCGACAGCCUCAAGGCCAAGAAGACUGGCCUGGGUGCCACCCUCCUCGACGUCAUCCAGUCCGGUGUGGAGAACUUGGACUCUGGCGUUGGUAUCUAUGCCCCUGACGCUGAGGCCUACUCUCUCUUUGCUCCCCUCUUCGACCCCAUCAUCGAAGACUACCACAAGGGCUUCAAGCAGACAGACAAGCACCCUGCCAAGGAUUUCGGUGAUGUCAGCAAGUUCAUAAACGUGGACCCCGAGGGCACGUUCGUCAUCUCCACACGUGUGCGAUGUGGCCGCUCCAUGGAGGGCUACCCCUUCAACCCCUGCCUUACUGAGGCUCAGUACAAGGAGAUGGAGGAGAAGGUUUCUUCCACCCUGUCUGGCCUUGAGGGAGAGCUCAAGGGUUCCUACUUCCCCCUCACUGGCAUGACCAAGGAGGUUCAGCAGAAGCUUAUCGAUGACCACUUCCUGUUCAAGGAGGGUGACCGCUUCUUGCAGGCUGCCAACGCUUGCCGUUAUUGGCCCGCCGGCCGUGGUAUUUACCACAAUGAUAACAAGACCUUCCUUGUCUGGUGCAAUGAGGAGGAUCACCUUCGCAUCAUCUCUAUGCAGAUGGGUGGUGACUUGGGCCAGGUGUACCGCCGUCUCGUUAGCGCUGUCAACGACAUCGAAAAGCGCGUUCCUUUCUCUCACCAUGACCGCCUGGGCUUCCUGACCUUCUGCCCCACCAACCUUGGCACCACCGUGCGUGCCUCCGUCCACAUCAAAUUGCCUAAGCUUGCUGCUAACCGCGAGAAGCUUGAGGAAGUUGCUGCCAAGUUCAGCCUGCAAGUGCGUGGCACCCGCGGUGAGCACACAGAGGCUGAGGGCGGUAUUUACGAUAUUUCCAACAAGCGCCGCAUGGGUCUUACUGAGUUCCAGGCCGUGAAGGAGAUGCAGGACGGUAUCCUUGAGCUUAUCAAGAUUGAGAAGGAGAUGUAAGGAGUUAAUGCUAUAGUAAAGUUCGGCUCUACCCUCUAUGGGUGAGGGCGAGCCGGGCUCUCCUGUAGAGGAAGGGCACCCCAACCCUGGACUCGGGGCCCUAUAAGUGAAGGGCCUGGAGGGUGGGGGGGCUUACCGGCUGAGUGAGUCACUGUGAGGCCCCGGCAACAUUCCAGGCGACACGGGGCUAGGUAGCGACCACAGGUCGAGAGGCCUUGUAUAUAACAUCAACACGCGCAUUGGUAACGCUACACCACAUUAAAACUGUUAUUACAGGAUAAAUAUUAUAAAAAUUAAACGUUAAAAAUA